GCGAGUCGUCGAGGUUCCUCAGCCGAGCGCCGAGCGGUCGAUCGCCCUCGCUCCCGCAGUCUGCGCUCCGCUCGCUGGUGGCUCCACCCGCCAUUAUAGACCAGUAAUCCGUUAUGGAGCAUGCUAUUACCCCGUUGGAACCCCUGCUUCCCACUGGGAGUUUGAAAUACUGCCUUGUGAUUCUGAAUCAGCCUUUGGACAAAUGUUUUCGUCAUCUUUGGCGCAAAGCUCUUUUAAGAGCCUGUGCUGAUGGAGGUGCCAACCGCUUAUAUGACGUCACGGAAGGAGAGCGGGAAAGCUUUGUGCCUGAAUUCAUCAGUGGAGACUUUGAUUCUAUUAGACCUGAAGUUAGAGAAUACUACGCUGUUAAGGGAUGUGAAAUUAUUUCAACUCCUGAUCAAUACCAUACUGACUUUACCAAGUGCCUUGAAGUGCUCCGAAAUAAGAUAGAAGAAAAAGACCUACAGGUAGAUAUGAUUGUGACCUUGGGAGGACUUGCUGGGCGUUUUGACCAGAUCAUGGCGUCAGUGAGCACUUUGUUCGAAGCACCUCGGAUCACUCCUUUGCCAAUUAUAAUAAUCCAAGAGGAAUCGCUCAUCUACCUGCUCCAACCGGGAAAGCACACAUUGCAUGUAGAUACCGGAAUGGAAGGUGAUUGGUGUGGCCUUAUUCCUGUUGGACAGCCAUGCCAUCGGGUUACGACAACAGGCCUAAAGUGGAACGUCAGGUCUUGCUGCUCCGCCCGGGUGUCAGACAUGAGCCUCUGACGUGGGAGAGCCAAGUUCAGGACAUUGCUCCACCACAAACCUCCCAGCCCCUCAUAAUAUCAGUCGGCAAGAGUUCUCCCAGAGAUCUCCAUCUCAAUGCUGAGACCCAGCUCCACUUCAACGACCAGCAAGCUCCAGUGCUAGACACCCCAUGCCAAACAACUAGCAGGAAAGGAACACAACCCUACCCAUUAGCAGAGAGGCUGCCUAAAAUCACAAUAAGAUCACAGACACCCCAAAACACUACUGGACACAGACCUGCCCACCAGAAAGACGAAAUCCAGCCUCAUCCACCGCAACACAGGCACCAGUCCCCUCCACCAGGAAGCCAACACAACCCACUGAACCAACCUUACCCAUUGGGGGCAGACACCAAAAACAACAGGAACUACAAACCUACAGCCUGUGGAAAGGAGACCCCAAACACAGUAAGGUAGGCAAAAUGAGAAGACAGAGAAACACACAGCAGAUGAAGGAGCAAGGUAAAAACCCACCAGACCUAACAAAUGAAGAGGAAACAAGACACUCUACCUGAAAAAGUAUUCAGAAUAAUGAUAGUAAGAGGAUCCAAAAUCUUGGAAAUAGAAUGGAGAAAAUAUAAGAAACGUUUAAAAAGGACCUAAAAGAACUAAAUAGCAAACAAACAAUGAUAAACAACACAAUAAAUGAAAUUAAACAUACUCUAGAAGGAAUCAAUAGCAGAAUAACUGAGACAGAAGAACGGAUGAGUAACCUGGAAGAUAAAAUAGUGGAAAUAACUAUUGCAGAGCAGAAUAAAGAAAAAAGAAUGAAAAGAAUUGAGGACAGUCUCAGAGACCUCUGGGACAACAUUAAAUCCACCAACAUUCAAAUUACAGGGGUCCCAGAAGAAGAAGAGAAAAAGAAAGGGGCUGAGAACAUACUUGAAGAGAUUAUACUUGAAAACUUCCCUAAUACGGGAAAGAAAAUAGUCACCCAAGUCCAGGAAGCACAGAGAGUUCCAUACAGGAUAAAUCCAAGGAGAAACAUGCCAAGACGCAUAUUAAUCAAACUAUCAAAAAUUAAAUACAAAGAAAAAUAUUAAAAGCAGCAAGGGAAACGCAAUAAAUAGCAUACAAGGGAAUCCCCAUAAGGUUAACAGCUGAUCUUUCAGCAGAAACUCUGUAAGCCAGAAGACAGUGGCAGGACAUAUUUUAAGUGAUGAAAGGGGAAAACCUACAA